GUCUUUUCAGAGUUUUUUCUAUUCCCUCUAUUUUAAUUGAAUGAAGAAGUUGCUAUGUAAUGUGUAAGUUGCGUCACUUCGAUGCUCAAGAAGAUGCAAUGGCUCAUGCAGCCAGCAACAGUCCCUCUGUUACCUUUGAGUCUCCACCAUCUUCAUUCAGGGCAAUGGGGUUGUGGCUGAGAAGUUAUGUUAACAGAAUUCUUGCCUCUGCUAAUUCUUGUAGAAGAAACCGAUCUCGUUGCUGCAAGAGAACUUUCAAUAGGGAUGUUGAAGCUGAAGAACUUCAGGAUACAAGUACUGUUUGUCUCUCAUCAUACUACAGCGUUUUCAUGGUUCGUCUUGCAAUCAUGGUCAUGCUUGCAAUUUUGAUUGGCAUGCUAACUUUACUAACAUGGCAUUUUACUAAAGUUUAUACACAAAGAUCACUGGAUACAUUAGCCUAUGGACUUCGGUUUGAACUACUGCAGCGACCCAUGCUACGAAUGUGGAACAUCAUAAAUUCCACUGUUGAAAUAACAACAGCUCAGGUGAAAUUGUCAGAAUAUGUAAUCAGGAGGUACAGCAAGCCUGUCAAUCAAGCACAGCAAGUUGAGUUGUAUGAAGUAAUGAGAGACGUGACCUGGGCACUAUUUGCAAGUCAAAGAGCUCUCAGCUCAAUAACCAUAAACUACAGAAAUGGUUUUGUUCAAGCUUUCCAUAGAGAUCACAGGAGCAACAAAACUUCCUACAUAUACUCCGAUCUCGUCAACUAUUCAAUAAACGGGUAUGAUGCCGAUACGCUGUCUUCUCAUCAAGGGUGGAAUGAUCAAUCCAUACAUGGAAAUAUGUCUGCAAUUUGGUAUCGGCAACCUCUAGACCCUGUUACAGGUGAAAAGAUCGGGAAAUCAAGCCCAAUACCGCCAGAUGAACUAAUCAAUAUUGCUGGCAUCUCACAAAUACCUGAUGGUGCGGCUUCAUGGCACGUGGCAGUGAGCAAGUAUACGGAUUCUCCGCUGCUUUCUGCAGCAUUACCUGUUUGGGACUCAUCUAAAGAAAGCAUAGUAGCUGUUGUAGGUGUUACUACAGCACUUUAUAGUGUGGGUCAACUAAUGAAAGAACUUGUUGGGUUCCACAGUGGACACAUAUACUUAACCUCUCAAGAAGGUUGGUUGCUUGCUACUUCCUCAAAUACUCCUCUGUUAAUGAAUUCAACAACGGGACCAAAGCUCAUGAUGGCUGUUGAUUCGGAAGAUCGUGUAAUACGUUCUGGAGCUGAGUGGUUACAGAGAGUAUAUGGUGACAAGUUUCCUUUGAAUGAUGAAGUUCAUAUAGAAAAUGCAAGGCUUGGUCAUCAGCUGUAUUACAUAGACUCAUUUUUCCUCAACUUAAAGAGACUUCCCAUGGUGGGGGUUAUAAUCAUCCCAAGAAAGUAUAUCAUGGGCAAGGUGGAUGAGAGAGCUUUCAAGACAUUAGUAGUUUUGAUAUCAGCAUCUGUUUGUAUCUUAGUAGUUGGAUGUGUUUGCAUCUUUGUAUUGACUAAUGGGGUGUCAAAGGAAAUGAAGUUAAGAGCAGAAUUGAUUAGCCAUCUUGAUGCGAGGAGGAAGGCAGAAGCAUCCAGCAACUAUAAAAGCCAGUUUUUAGCAAACAUGAGUCAUGAGCUACGAACACCUAUGGCUGCUGUGAUUGGGUUGCUGGACAUCCUGGUUUGUGAUGAUUGUCUCACCAAUGAGCAGUAUGCAAAUGUUACGCAAAUUCGCAAAUGUUCAACUGCUUUGCUCCGUCUUCUUAACAAUAUAUUGGAUCUCAGCAAGGUUGAAUCCGGAAAACUAGUGCUGGAAGAAACUGAGUUUGACUUGGGCCGGGAGCUUGAAGGGCUUGUUGAUAUGUUCUCUGUCCAGUGCAUUAACCACAAUGUGGAAAUCAUUCUAGAUCUCUCUGAUGACAUGCCAAAAUUAGUUCAAGGAGACUCUGCUCGAGUUGUUCAAAUUUUUGCCAACCUCAUCAGCAACUCUAUCAAGUUUACAACUUCUGGCCACGUCAUUCUUCGGGGUUGGUCUGAAAAUCCAAAUUAUGUCCUUAGCAGCGGGAAGUGUUCAAUUAGUCAAAAGGAUUCUUGGCCAGGACAGAAGAUGAAAUUAAAGCUACAUGGAAGCCACGGAAAGAGAUCCUUGAAGAAAGAAAACAAGAUGGUUCUUUGGUUUGAAGUCGAUGACACAGGGUGUGGAAUCGAUCCAAGCAAAUGGGAAUCUGUAUUUGAAAGCUUCGAGCAAGCUGAUCCUUCAACUACUCGCUUGCAUGGUGGUACUGGUCUCGGUCUUUGCAUUGUACGAACCUUGGUUAACAAGAUGGGUGGAGAGAUCAAAGUUGAAAAGAAGAAUGGGCCAGGUGCUCUGAUGCGACUGUACCUAAUUCUCAGCACACCUGCAGAUCCAAAUGGUGCAGGAAAGCAUUGCCAAUUCAAAUUCAAAGAACAUAAAUUGACAAUGUUGCUUGCACUUAAUGGAAGAAUGGGUAGAUCGACUAUGGCCCAAUGGUUACAGAAAAAUUUGGUGCACACAUAUGAAGCAUCUGAAUGGAAUGAACUGACACAAACUCUUCAGGAACACUUCAAAGCAAGUUACAUGCAUAUUCCACCGGGUGAAUUUUCUGAAAGUGAACAAAUGCAUACGCAAGGCAUCAGCAUCUCAGUUGUCGUCAUAGUCAUUGAUAUUGGGCUUCUUGAAUUAAGCACGGAUAUAUGGAGGGAACAGCUCGCUUACCUGGAUAAAUACAGUAGCAUAGCUAAGUUUGCAUGGAUUUUGAACCAUGAUACACCCAAUGCUAUUAAGGCAGAACUUCGUUGGAGAGGGCAUCUAUUGAUGGUCAGUAGACCACUUUACAAGGCGAAAAUAGUUCAGAUUUUGGAAGCUGUGAUAAAGGAUCAACAGAUGGAGCUUCAGAAGUAUGUGACUGCUACAAUAGAAGGAAAUUUGAAUGAAUGCCAUGAAAUUGAUGCUAUUCAUUCUUGGACUCCCAGCUCUGAUGACUCUGACAAGUCAGAACAUGAUGAUCUUAGACUUGCGAGUCCAUUUUACAGGACACCUAAUGCCUCUCCAUCCCUAAAUAGGACACCUAACGGACAUCAUGCUGAAUUUGCUCAUGUGAGGUAUGAAGAAAAUGCUUGCAACAAGAAAAAUCCAGGUCAGACGAGAGAAGAAGAGCAACAGUCUCCUAUUACUUGCCUUAAAGAGAGAGAGACUGUGCGUAUAAGUAUGGAUGAACAGAGUUCUUUAAAGGGACUACGUAUACUGCUUGCAGAAGAUACUCCAGUCCUUCAGAGAGUUGCUACUAUAAUGCUGGAAAAGUUGGGGGCCAAAGUUGUGGCUGUAGGAGACGGACUGCAGGCAGUCGAAGCUCUGAAAUUCAUGUUGCAUUCAAGUGAAUUGAGAAAGGAGUCUCCCGUGGAAGAUGACAACUCAGAAAUUAUCACCGCCAAUGGACUUUCUUUGCUGCCAUAUGACUUGAUCCUAAUGGAUUGUCAGAUGCCAAAGAUGGAUGGCUAUGAAGCAACAAAAGCAAUCAGAAAGUCAGAAUUGGGUUCUGGUUCCCACAUCCCAAUUGUCGCGCUGACAGCUCAUGCAAUGUCAUGCGAUGAAGCCAAAUGCUUGGAGGUGGGGAUGGAUGCUUAUCUGACGAAGCCAAUUGAUCGCAAGUUGAUGGUUUCAACUAUUCUUUCCUUGACCAAGAGAACAGCCUAAAACUAUUACAUCAAGCUUCCAAACGCAUAACAGCUUUUGCCAUCUUUACUUGAACGGAAAUGCUCAACUUCACUGGAGAAAGAAGCUGGAAAAAAACUGUAUGCUCGAGAAAUUUUUGCAGUGAGUACAGAAAAUGGUGCAAGCCAUGUUGUAGAAGUGUCGAUUGGUUUCUAUAAGCAUGUAAUAUGGUAAAACUUCGAGUUCAUGAGCUUAAUUUUGUCUACUAAAAUCGAAAUCGUGUUCGUCCACGUUUGUAGCAACUAGCAAUAUAUCAAUCACCAAGUUGUUAGCUGGUUACUUGUUGGCGCCUAGCCAUAAUCAAUAUUGUAUGCUCUCUUUCUCGGAAUCUCCUAAA